AUGAUUUCAAACAUGAUUUUGCUGACAUAUCCAUUAUAUUCAAUUAUCUCUGUGGUGAUAGCUUACAAUAAACAUGAGAUUGAAUAUUUGCAAGAAUUUGGUUAUUUGCCCAAACCAACGCAAGAUGUUGCGGCAAUGUUUAGCGAAACAAUGAUAGAAGAAGCAAUCCGAGAAUUGCAAUUGUAUGGAAAUAUACCAGUCACUGGGAAAUUUGAUACUGCUACUGAAGAAUUACUGUCUAGGAAAAGAUGUGGCUUGAGUGAUCGUCCAAUUCAAGUACUUCGUGAAAAACGAUUUGCUUUAAUGGGACCAAAAUGGACUAAACAAAUUAUCACUUACAGUGUGGAUAAUCCGUCACGAAGUAUUCCUAAUUUGGGUGCAAUACGACGUGAGAUAAAUGAGGCAAUUAAUAGCUGGCAACAUAUACUUCCGAUGCAAUUUUAUGAGGUACGACCGGAAGCAGAAGCUGAUGUAAAGAUACGUUUCGCAGUAGGAGAUCACGGUGAUCCGUAUCGUUUCGACGGAAAUGGUAGAAUUCUGGCACAUGCAUUUCCACCCGGUGAAGGAAUUGGUGGAGACAUUCAUUUGGACGAUGACGAACGCUGGACUGUUGCACUUACGGGCGAUCCUUAUAGGCAGCAAGUGAGUCUUCGUUCGAUUGUAAUGCACGAAUUUGGACAUAGCAUCGGUCUAUCGCAUUCACAUCAAGAAGACAGCAUUAUGUAUGCCUUCUACCAGUACGACUUAACGCCAAAGUUGUCCUACGAUGACUUAUUAGCAGUUCGGACUCUUUAUGGCGGCCGUGAUUAUCAUCCAGAAAAACCAACUGUUGCUCCUCAACCACAUUCAUCCACUACUGAACGGCCAUCAUUAUUGCCAGAAGGACCUGAGCGACCCACAGAUCGGUUUCCAACAAUUCAUCCAGAGUUACCUGUGCCAGAACCUGACCCGUGCAAAUCCGAAUACGAUGCCGUCGCUUCCAUACGACAAGAAAUUUUCGUUUUUAAAGACAGAUGGUUUUGGCGGAUACGACAAGAUGGUACACUAAGUCAAAGUCCACGUCAUAUCAAUACACUAUGGAGAGAAGUGUCAUGGCCUAUAGAUGCAGCAGUGGAGAGUGAUCAUCAAAUAUAUCUGUUCGCAGGUAAAGAUAUUUAUAUAUUCAAUGGUCAACACCUAAUUUCGAAGAAAUUACUCACCGACUUGGGUCUACCGGCUAGCAUUGAACAUAUUCGACUUGUUUACACGUGGAACUACUGGACCGAGCGGCCGAUGUACAUCUGGACCAAAGAUGAAUUCUGGAGAGUUGAUAAGAAAACUGAAAGGGUAGAAAUAGGUUAUCCACGAAAGAUCGCAACAACAUGGCAUGGUAUUCCAGAGGAAGCUAGUGCAGCUGUUACAUAUAACAAUGACUUAUACUUUUUCAAUGGUAAAGCAGCCUACAAAUUCCAUACCAUUAAUAUGACAGCAGCAUCACCAAUUAAUGCCUCGCAAUUGUGGUACUUCUGCCCAGUAGCAAUGAAAAUCUCAAGUAAUGGAAAUGCAGCACAUAUCUCAUCCUUAUCUAACUUUAUUGUUAUUGUUGUUAUUACUACUAUUUUUUCCUUUGAACACAAGUGGCCAAUCAUUUUACAAUAG